CGUUUCCACCCCCCUCCCUUUCUUGCGUUGUCGACCUCGUCGUCUUCCAACGGCCGAAAGGGUGGUGUUCUCGAGUUCUUCUGCGGCGAGAUCGAGGGAGAUCAAGGGAAAUCGAGGAACAGGCAUUUCUCAAGGUUCUCGAACCCCUCCGACCUCACCUCCUCCCUUCCCAUGGCGGCGAAGGAAACCGAACGACGUUCCUUCGGCGACCUCCCCGAGGAGCUGAUCCCGGAGAUCCUCGCCUGCGUGCCGCCCAAGCACCUCCUCCGCUUCCGCGCCGCCUGCAAGGCCUGGUGCGACCUCGCCGCCGACCCCGCCUUCAUCCGCAAGCACCACUCCCGCCAGCCAGCGCAGCCCCUCCUCCUGGCUUACGACGAGCACUGCCUCGAGGCCGUCAACCUCGGCACCAACAGGCGCCGGGCGGUCAUGCGGGUUACGGUGUCUGGCCGCGUGCCCUCCAUCGGCUCCGACGCGCUCGCGCUCCACGGCUCCUGCGACGGCCUGCUCCUCCUCGGCUUCCGCGAGACCUUCCUCGUCUGCAACCCCGCCACGCGCCAAGGUGCUCGCCUGCGGCUGCUGUUUCGUGAUGGCCCGGAAUUCGUGGGGUUCUACAGGCACGCCGCUUCUGGGGAGUACCGGGUGCUGUACCACCUGGUCGAGGGCCUCGACGGGGAGUACUCCUACUACGUCCUCUCGCUGGGAUCCCAGCAGGCGAUCAGGGACAUCGAGCUGCUCGCGUCGUCGGCCGCCGUGGCCGCCGGGCUGGCCAGAGGGCUGGAGAGCUCCAGCACAUCGCCGCCCGUCCUCUUCCGCGGCAGGCUGCACUGGCGGCCGCAACGGAGCCAAGGGGGCAACAUUCUGGUGUUCGACACCGAUGCUGAGUCAUUCAGCUGGAUCCCUCCUCCCGCGGAGGCGAUGCUGGGCGAGCGCCACCACGCGCAGCUGUUUGAGAUGGACGGCACGCUUGCCAUGUUCUGCUGCCACCAAUCUGCACAGAAGUCUGUUAUCUGGUUCAUGGAGGACUACGAGCAGAUGAACUGGGUCAAGCACCCGGUUGAGCUGUCCUUCACACCUGCUUAUGAUCCGGCUGUCCUGUAUCAAGGGGGGGAUGUGCUGGUGCUGGAAUCGGAUAUGCUGGUGUUAGAAAGCCCGGGCAAGCUGUCGCAUUAUGAUAAGAUGGAUAAACUUCAGGGAUCUGUCAACUGUUUUGCUCGGGGCCUCAGAAUUACUCCACAUGUGCUCAAAGAGAGCCUCAUCCUCCCUGAGUUCCUUCGGAAGCAGCAGAAUGACGGUACCUGCCAAUGGUUCCCCGAGCUUGAGUUUCCCUGAUGGUUCCGGUUCGGAUACUGCAAUCUCUGCUGAUGAAACUCAAACUGGUUAGCCUUUUCAUGAUUCGCACUACGGUGACAGAGGUUCACAGAUAUUGAUUCCUUCUUUCUCUUUGAAUACGACAGCAGGUGUUUCUUUGUGUCUGUGCACUUAUCCCCUGUUAUGUUUCAGUAAGUACACUGUAUGUUGGAAAUUUCCAUUACAUGAAUUGUGAACGAAUUGCAUGUGUUCGGAACAUGAUUUCGAAUGGUUUGGGCAUCA